GCGGAAGUUGAGGGUGCUGACGCAGCUGGGGAACCUUGCCUGGAUGGCACCAUCCUGCCCGCGACUCCGCCCCCGCUGGAGGGGCUCGGCUCCGGAAUUCAAGAUGGAGUCGCUGAGCCGAGCUGGGCAGGAGAUGAGCCUUGCGGCCCUGAAGCAGCACGACCCCUACAUCACCAGCAUCGCAGACCUCACGGGCCAGGUCGCUCUGUACACCUUCUGCCCCAAGGCCAACCAGUGGGAGAAGACUGAUAUAGAAGGGACCUUAUUUGUAUAUCGAAGGUCAGCCUCACCUUACCAUGGUUUUACCAUUGUGAAUCGACUGAAUAUGCACAAUCUGGUUGAACCAGUGAAUAAAGAUUUGGAAUUUCAGCUCCAUGAACCAUUUCUUCUGUAUAGAAAUGCAAGCUUGUCGAUAUACAGCAUCUGGUUUUAUGAUAAGAAUGACUGUCACCGCAUAGCCAAACUCAUGGCCGAUGUGGUAGAAGAGGAGACACGGCGGUCCCAGCAAGCUGCUCGGGACAAACAGAGUCCCAGCCAGGCUAACGGCUGCAGUGACCACAGGCCCAUCGACAUUCUGGAGAUGCUAAGCAGAGCCAAGGAUGAAUAUGAGAGGAAUCAGAUGGGCGACUCCAAUAUCUCCAGCCCUGGGUUACAGCCAAGCACUCAGCUCUCCAAUCUGGGAAGCACCGAGACUCUAGAAGAGAUGCCAUCUGGGUCACAAGAUAAGUCUGCUCCAUCUGGACACAAACAUCUGACAGUGGAAGAAUUAUUUGGAACCUCUUUGCCAAAAGAACAGCCAAGUGUUGUGGGUCUGGAUUCAGAAGAAGUGGAGAAGCUGCCAGGAGAUGCCUCCCAGAAAGAGCCCAGCUCAUUCCUACCAUUUCCCUUUGAGCAGUCAGGAGGAGCCCCUCAGUCGGACAACCUGGGUGUCCAUCCUGCCUCCCACCACUCAGUCCAACCUGAAGUCCCCACCCCGGUGCUGAUCACUCCCGCCUCCAUCACACAGUCCAGUGAAAAACAGGCCCCCGUCUAUGCCGUCCCGUUGCGCCCUGUGCUCAGUCCGACUCUGCCAGCAGAAGCUCCUACGGCACAGGUUCCCCCCAGCUUACCCCGAAACACCACCAUGAUACAGGCGGUGAAGACCACGCCGAGACAGAGGUCUCCACUCCUGAGCCAGCCAGUCCCUGAGCUGAGCCACGCCAAUCUGACUGCCACCCAGAGCCCCUUCAGGGCCCCACUGAGUGUGACAAACACAGCUGGUACCUCGCUCCCAAGUGUUGAUCUUCUCCAGAAACUCAGGUUGACCCCACAGCAUGACCAAAUACAGACGCAGUCACUUGGGAAAAGUGCCAUGACAUCCGGCUUUUGUUCAGCAGCCGGCCAGCUGGCCACACCUGAGAGCUUCAUAGAGCCUCCCCCUAAGACUGCAGCCGCGCGAGCUUCAGCAUCCCUCAGCAACAUGGUGCUUGCUCCCCUUCAGUCUAUGCAGCAAAACCAGGAUCCUGAAGUCUUUGUCCAGCCUAAGGUGUUACCCAGUGCCAUCCCGGUCGCAGGCCCCACGCUGGUCACUGCAACAACCAUGGCAGUGUCCUCAGUCCUGCUGUCCCCAAGUGUUUUCCAGCAGACAGUUACAAGGUCCGCAGACCUUGAGAGGAAAACAGGCGCCCCCUCUCCCCUGACUGUUGGAACAUCAGAAAAUCAGAGAAAGCCUUCCAUUAUUCUCAGCAAGUCUCAGCUCCAGGAUACAUUAAUACAUCUAAUAAAGAAUGAUUCCAGCUUCCUCAGUACACUUCACGAAGUCUACUUGCAGGUUCUGACCAAGAACAAAGACAACCACAACUUAUGACUGGAGUAGAAUAAAUCCGAAGGCAGAAUGUCGACCUCAGAAACAAAUAGGCCUCGUCAUGGAAACUUCUAAACAGAACUUUAAGUUGUGAGAAUCCUGAAAUUGAGCCUAUGAGAAAGAGACUCAUUCCUUAAGAAUGUUUUCCAAGUGACGUUCUCAGUGAUAAUGGAGGUUUCACUGUGAAGCAUCACCAGCAGACCUUUGUUUUGACAAAAAAAAAAAAAAAACAAAACAAAAAAAAAACUAAAAAAGACCAUUGUGUUAAAGUUGUGUGGGUGUUUUCAUCAGCUCUAAGAAAGGGUGUGAAAUUAGGAGUCUGAUUUUCAGCUUGCUUUCACUUUCAAGGUCUUAGGAGGGGUCACCAGCCUUGCAGCAGAAUUCAGCCCAGCCGCGCCCCUUCCCCUGCUCCUCCCCACCCUAGAAACUCGAGUCUUAGGCUCAUAGUCAAGUUCUGAAAAGAGCAGAAGUCUGCUCUGUGCAAAGUAGCUUUGAGUUUUAAGGAUCAGAGUUUAAGUUGGCGAAUUAAGACUGAUUUGUUCCAAGUGAAGUAUAUUUUAUAUGAAUGCCCCAUCUGGGCCUUAAAAGUUCUGAAAUUUCUCAGUUGUGCUUUGUUUCUAAGUGUCCCCCGUGCUGCCAUGCAGCGGCUCCCAGGGCAGUGAUACCAUGAGAAGAGGGCCCCGCCAGGCCCUGUGACAAUAUGGGAGUAGCAUGUCACACCUUGGAAGCAAAGGCUGGGGCUGGUAAAGACCAAACGCGAUCAGAAACCUUCACUUUAUGUUAAACUCUUGAGUGGUUUGGACAGUGUUAAGUUUUGUGUGAAGUGUAGCCUUAUUUUCCUUUUCUGUCUAAACGCAGAAAUCAUUGUUGAUUGUUUUCCUUAACACUUUGACAAAAGGACCAGUGGACCAAUCUGACAAAGCCAUUCUGGUUCCAUUCCUCGAGUCUACUGAGAGUAGUUUUAAAGCUAUGCAGAAAAGGGAGCUUUUAUUCACACUGCCCUUACUUUAUUGUAGAAUAUGGAGGUAAAAACAAAGUGUGAAAUUCAGAACUUUACCAAUGUAUUCCUAGGCUGUGAGUACUUGUGCAGCCCAAAGUGUGAAGAUGUGUAAAGAUGCUUUGUUAUGCUGCUAUUGACCUGCCAUGAUUUAUAUUUAUUCUUUUAUGGCAUGUAAUGGUGAUUAGUAAUAUUUUAAUGUAGAUUUUGAUUUAUUUCAGCAAUAGUAAUUUUAAGAUACUCUUUGAAUGAAAGUGUCUUCGUUUCUAUGAUACAGAUCAUUUUGUAGUAUUUAACCAAUUAAGAUGCACUGCUUACUUUUCUGAGCACUAUUUAAUGAUGGGGUAAAAACCCAAUUGGUUCAACCAGCUAGCAUAAGGAUUAGCUAUGAAUAAUGCUGAUGGAUGUGAUGGUUCCUCGGAACAAUCAUUUAAGCUUUAAUGGUAACUGAAUCAUAAAUCCAUAGAUUUUUUUUUUUUCCUAGCUGAGAUUUUAGAAAACUACUUGUGAAUGACAUACUUGUUUUAGUUUGGUCUUAGUUCUUUUUUAGCAUAAAGAAUACUUUAAUUGGCUUUUGUUGGUCUAAACAUGCUUCCUGGGCAACUUUUCUGCUUGUCAACUUAGUGUCUUCUCUUCCUGUCUACCUGGUUAUUUGUGAAUUGUUCAAAAGUCAGGGAAGCUCAUACAUUCUCAUACUCCAUUGGGAAUAGUUUGUUUUCAAAAGUAGUGUGUAAAUUCAGCAACCAAAAAUGAAUUGCUCGUACGUCACCCAGGAAGGAGAACAUCGAAGUAAGAUACAGAGUGUUAUAGCAGGAGAUGGUGUUGGGGGAGCCCAUGUGACUCCAGAAACAGGUUUUCUCAGAGAAGAGGUUUGACUACACCCCCAGUGUAGCUUCAGUGGGCUUUGGCACGUGGAAGAAUCAAGGGAUUCUUGUUGUGAUAGGCAUUUGACUUGAAAUGCCUUGAGUAUGUAUAAUAUUAUGUGGGAGUUAAGAGCGACUAUCUUAAAGAGGGUCUGCAGUCAGAUCUGUUAACAUUCACCCUUUAAUUCCAAGCAAGGAAUAUGUUAGACAGAAAAGAGAAUCUAUGAUAAGGUUUCUUUAGUGGGAAAAUAAACUUUUAAGUGCCCAAGUCAUGGAGACCUGAAAAGGGUAAGCCUGUUUCAACUCUAAGAUUCAUGUAUGAUUAACUUAAAAUUCAGAAGCCAGAAGUUCACUGUCACGAUUACCAGGAAGUUUAGGCCAGAAUGAGUCCCCAGAAAAGUCAGGCCAAGCCUGAACAGUCGCGGUUGUAUGACCCUGGCCUGGAAGUCACAGCUCAGUUGCCUUACUCCUCGGUCACACUUACUAUCCAGAACCUCAUGCUGGCUUAGGUUGCACGUUUACGUUGCUGCGGUGACUUCACUGGAACCUUCACUUCAAACCUUAGUUCAAUCAGAAUGGACAUCAAAACACAGAUGCUUCUUGCUAGUUCUGCAUUUAGGCCACCAUGUCCAUCUGUGCGCCACCCCCUCCCCCCGCCCCCCGCCCCCUGCCCCAGGCCAGUGGGUGGCCCUGCUCUUGUGUUGUAGUCACGUGGUGUCCUGAAUGGACUCCUGCACCUCCCAGACAGCCUUGUUCCUUUAAGACAGAAGCCCCUCCUCGUCAUGCGUCUCUCCAGAGUCCCUAAGGUGGGACUUUGAAUCCUAAGUUUCCAAGUGACUGUCAGUGUCAGGAGAUGCCUCUCAUACUGUCUAUGUGGGAGUGUCCACAGCUCACCUUCCAAGGCUUUUCAGCAGCCUUCACAGAGUGGUGUCUUGCAAAGAGCCCAAGUUGACUUGGGUCCUUCUCUGCUGAAGGCUGCACACACCUUGUUUAGAAUGUGUCCGGCCCAAUUUUGCAUGUCAAGCAUCUGUUCUUUUCCUGCCUGUGUUUCCUUGUAAGAACUAUAAACCCUAUCAAAUCCUGUACUAGGUAAAUAUGUUUAAACCAUGCAGCUUUAUUCUUCCCCCCCCACCCCCCCAAGAAUGUAGCUUCAAGUUUUCUCAUUUGGGUAGAAGAGGCCAUAACUGCCAUUGUAUUACUAAUAAUGCAACAUGAAAUUGAAGGUGCCUAACUGCUUAAAAAACAAAAUCAGCCAUCACACAGUAACUGGGCAAAAGGUAGAAACAGGAAUGAGAGGGGGCACAGGCACGGGGCGUCUGGUCCACGUGAGUGAGGACAAGGAUUCACGGGGACGGGUGUCCCGCAUUCUUGCUGCAUAUUUGCUGCUGAGCACACGUUUCUUUCUUACCUAGCUUUGGUUUUCUUCGGUUGUGUUCAGAGUACCUUCUGGAACCAAGAGUGCCCUGUGUUUUCAGGUGUAUAAAAUGUUAAGAUCUAAACCAAGUAAAGGACCUUGCACGGGCUUUUUAAAAGCUGUGCCUGAGAACAUUUCCCUGAGUGGGCCGGGGCCUCAAGGAGCCUGUUUUCCAGCAAAUUCAGCAGGAGAGAUGUGUGCAAUGUUUCACUCGGUUUUGUAUUUGACAUCAUUUGAAAUGCUAAGAUGCAAUAUCGUUCACUUUGGGGAAAAUGCAGAAGCGUGUUUCCCUUUUACCUGUGUGAUCCUUAAGAAAUGUGUUUUUAAAAUAUGUGUUCUAAAUGGUUUUUUAUUCUGUAUUACUGCUUUGGCCAUGUGGCUCUCAUGACUUUCCGUGUACCAGAUUCUCCGCUCCCUGAGGCGUGGGGGUGAGAAGCUCUGGAAUUACAGCAAGAUUUUGUUCCAUGAGCGCAAUACUUCAUCAUUAACAUUUUUAAUGGUAUGGAUUUUAUACCAUCUGUGUAUGUUUGCAAAUAUUAAGUUAUUACAUGUUUUCAAAUGAGCAUUUUUCAUCCUAAAUUUUAUAUGUUUGCAAAUAUAUUUUUUUAAUAAAAGUUCAAAACCAAGUUUUAGCACCUA